AUGGGAGCCAUUGUUCAGAACUCCCAGAUGUAUCCGAAGGUCUCCGACCCACCUUCAACCUUCGGAGCGACCGCCCGACAUCCUUUCUCGACGGAACCCACUCCGAAGGAUCCGUACACCUAUCAGGUCGGAUUUGGGAACAGGUUCGCCUCGGAAGCCAUUCCUGGAACUCUCCCACAAUCGUGUAAUGCACCGCAAAAAGUCAAGUACAACUUAUAUUCCGAGCAGCUGAACGGUUCAACCUUUGUCUCAUCCCGAGAUAACCUGCAGCAUGCCUGGUUCUAUCGUAUUUUUCCCUCCGUGGCACACGGGAACCUGACGAAAAUGCCGCGCAAUCCGGAUAUCGAGUCAAGAUUCACAUCUGGCAACGAAAAUGUUGAUUUCAUGCCCGGUGCGCUGUGUUGGAGGGCUUUCCCGAUUCCUGAUGUCGACGGGCCAUCCGUGGACUUUGUUCAGGGGCUGAAGACGAUAGUCGGGCACGGGGACCCCAUGAACAAGGAAGGCCAGGCUGUGCACGUCUACACAGCAAACGCCUCGAUGGGAAAUCGCGCAUUUUGCAGCAACGAUGGGGAUAUGCUCAUCGUUCCUCAGCUUGGAAGACUUGACAUUCAGACGGAAUUCGGGAGGAUGAUGGUGCGGCCAGGGGAGUUGGCAGUUGUUCAAACAGGCAUUCGCUUCAAGGUCACACUACCAGACGGACCUGCCAGAGGCUACGUCCAGGAGCUGUUCGGAAGCCGUUACGAACUCCCGGAACUGGGCCCCUUUGGAAGUAACGGCUUGGCCUUGCCACGAGACUUCGAGUUCCCCAUCGCCUCUUUCGACAUGGACAACUCUGAGUGGGAAAUCGUGUACAAGUUAUCUGGAAAGUUGUGGUCUUGCAGACAGAGCCACACACCGUUCGAUGUGGUUGCGUGGGACGGCAAUUACGUUCCGUUCAAAUACGCCGCCGAAAAGUUUGUUACUGCAGCUUAUACAGACAAAGACCAAGCCGACCCCAGCUUGUACACCGUCUUGACGGCCAAGUCCAAGAUCCCCGGAGUGUCGGUGACGGACUUCAUGUUCUUCUGCCCCAAGUACUCAUCAGCAACCAACACCUUCCGGCCUCCGUACUACCAUCGUAACAUGGCCACCGAGGUCGUGGGAAUUGUGUAUGGCGAUUACAAGGGCACGAGUCGCAACCUAGAAGCAGGCGGACUAAGCUUUCAAUCGAGUUACAUGCCUCACGGUGAAACACACGAGGCCUUUGAGCAAGCUACGACAAGCGAGUUAAAGCCUCUGCGUGUGGGCGAGGGCUUCCUCGGAUUCAUGUUCCAGAUCAGCACGCAUUGCGCAAUAACACAGUUCGCCUUGGAAAGAAGUGGCGUCUUGGAGGUACCUCCAGCGUCCCUCUGGGACUCGAUGCAAGGCCACUUUUUCGAACACGUCCAGGAGGUGAACGAGGAGUUGAAGAGACGGGGACUACCGGUCCUCGGAUCAACGACCCAGUGA